AUGCAGGUCCUCAAAGAGGGCGUCUUGCCCAAAGGCCGUGCUCUUGUACCCGGCUGUGGCCGCGCCUACGCUGUGGUGGCGUUUGCCCAGCACGGCUAUACGGCCACGGGCUUGGACCUGAGCGAGACGGCAGUUGAAGAAGCUCAGCAGGUCCUUGAGGAAAAUCGUGCCAGUUUGCAAGGCGAAGCUACCGUGGCCCUCGGCAACUUUUUCGAAACAACCGGCACCUUCGACGUCAUCUACGACUAUACGUUUUUGUGUGCGCUGCACCCCGACGCGCGCGCUGCCUGGGCUCAGCAACACAAAAAGCUACUGGCUCCCGGCGGUACCCUAUUUACCAUGAUUUACCCAAUCACCGAGAAGACGGGCGGCCCUCCUUUCCAGAUGAGCAUUGAAUUAGUGCAGAGCUUGUUGGAGCCGUUGGGCUUUAAAGCCUCACGCCUUGAGAUGCUGCCCGACGAGCUGUGCCACCCUGGGCGUGAAGGCAAAACCGCCAUCGGCCUCUGGCAGCUGUCCGAGCAGUAG